AUGCCACCGCAGUCGUACAUCGCGGCCGACACUCCGGUGAAUGAUGUGCGCGUCUUCGUGGAUGGACUUCAUGGCCAGACGCGGCAAGCUGCACUGGAAGCAGCACAGAGACUGAGAAGCGCUACAACUCUGGGACGUUUGAAUGCAGAGUUGAUUGAAGUCUCUGAACGCCUGCCGGGAGCAGCGGUGGAUGUUGGUCCGGGAGCGAACAAAGGUUCGGUGUCCGUGACCUUUCGACCUGAACAUGGAUGUCAUUUGGUGGCCAAUGCCGGGAACGAAGGCCUUCCAGGCCUGAAUUCCGCCUUCAGCCUGAGAGUGGAUGGCACCCCAGCGGCGGAAGGGGAGGGACCUCCGCCCUUGCGGGUCAGUGCUGAGGGUCGCUGCUGCCUGGAAGAAGAAGCCAUGCGAUGCUCGCUGACAGCUUCCCCGACCAAACACAGCUGGCCGGUGAUGCCGUCACUUCAACUGGGAGUGGGGAUGGCAGGCUUGAUGACGCAUCCCUUGAGGACUGAAAGCUCAGGCCAUUUGAUUUUCACGGAUGUUUUGGGGCGACAUACCCUGAAGUUGAGCGCUGCCUCGCGGGAUCUUCGACCAAAGGAGGGCUCAGCCUUCCUGAAACUGCCGCUGCAGUCCUCUAAGACAUCGGUUUCGUAUCAUUUUCUGAAAGAUUCCUCAGCCAGCAGCCAGCCGCAGCGCCUGGCCGCCUGUUUGGAGCUGGCUGGGCUGCUGGGCGACGUCACCCUGGGGCGUUUCGAGGCUUGCUGGAUGCGACAGGGACCACUGCUGGGAGGACGAUGGCAGCUGCGCGGUGAGUUGGGGGUGGCCAAAGCAUUGGGAGGGAGCACCCUGCCCUUGGAGGAGCGUUUCUUCUUGGGCGGCGCCUCAGGUGGUCUCCAGCGCUUUCUGGGCUUUGCGGCGCAUGGAUUGGGGCCGGCCAGCUUUGAGCAGCGAGAGUCUAAGGCCCGCUUUGGCUUGGUGAAAGGCCUUGGAGGUCUGAAUGCCAUCAGGAGUGGCUCAGUGAUGGAAAGAACAGGUCCUGGAAGCUUCUUGGGUGGAGACACUCGAGCCUCGGUCGAGGCGGUGCUAAGUUUCCCUUUGGGACCAAUGCAGUUGAUGAGCUUUGGAACACUUGGGCUGUUGGUCAAUCGAUCGUGUUUGAAGAGCAUGGACGACCUCUCACAGAACUUUCGCGCCAGCUUGGGCGCUGGUGUGGGCUAUCCUUUGCCAGGAGGCGGUCACCUAGCUGCAACCUUCUCUUUGCCAAUCCAAGCAGUUGAAGGCGAUGCGCUGCGACCAUUCCAAGUCUCCGUGAGCUUCGGAAAUCAGCUGUAG